AUGUACUGGUCUUUUGACUUGGCUAUCCAAUUAUUGUUCGUGACACCUGAAGUGAUAGCGGAGUAUACAGUGGCAGCACUGCGACGCACCGUCCCACCGGCCGUCCCUGGGAUUGUGUUCCUGUCGGGUGGGCAGAGCGAGGAGGAAGCGACGCUGAACCUGAACGCCAUAAACAAGCUGGAGGUGGUGAAGCCAUGGACUCUGUCCUUCUCAUUUGGACGGGCCCUUCAGCAGAGCACCAUCAAGAAGUGGGCCGGCAAGAAGGAGAACGUUCCGGCGGCCCAGCAGGCAUUCCUGGCAAGGUGCAAAGCCAAUUCGGCGGCUACGCUUGGGAAGUACGCUGGGGGAAAUGCCGAUGCGGCGGCUUCGGAGAGCUUAUAUGUCAAGGGAUACAAAUACUAGUGUGGAUUCCUAUCAUCUUUUUCUUAAAUGUACCUGCUUCUUUGGGAUCUCUCUCUAAUCUCCCCUCUCUUUAACCAUAUUCUCACAUAUUUUGAGCUGUUCAUCUUUGUUUCCAGCUGUUCAUAUAUAACACUUCUGCUCUGAUAUUAAUGUACUGGUCUUUUGACUUGGCUAUCCAA